GUUGAGGUCAUCUACAGGUCACCGACUGCGCCACGAUCACGCGUCUUCCUUGUUGUCAGUCACAGUGUUCUGGGUGCUGGGAGCCUACAGCUUCUUUAAGUUCAUCUUGCCUGGUGUUGUGAAUCUAAACCUUCUAAAGUUGAAACUACGCGCUCGAAAAUGGCGUAAAGACUUCCAAGAACCUGGCAGAAGGCGGAAGUAGCGACCGUCAGUUCCAGUUUUCAGGGCUAGCUGGUAUCUUUGAGACAUGAUUGGCAGAAGCAGAAAGGUGCAGUACCUGGACCAGCCUCCAGAUGGCGGUUGGGGCUGGAUGGUGGUGUUCAGCAGUUUCCUGGUCCAUGUGGUGGUGAUCGGGUCCAUCAAGUCGUUUGGCGUGUUCUACGCCGUGUUCCGGGAAGUGUUUGACGAGGGCGCGGGAGACACGGCCUUCAUCAACUCCACACUGGUGGGGAUGAUGCUGAUCUGCUCUCCCAUCUCCAGUGCCCUGAGUAAGCUGACCAGCUGCCGUGUAAUGGUGUUUACUGGGGGUGUCCUGGCAGCCGUGGGACUUGUCAUCAGCUCGUUUGCCACCAGCGUCAUGUAUUUACUGGUCAGCCUGGGACUUUUCACAGGAUUUGCAAUGUCGCUGAUGUACGCGCCAUGUCUGACGAUGGUGGGACGCUACUUCGACAAGAGGAGGGCGACGGCGAAUGGAAUCGGAUUAUCUGGGAACGGAGUGGGUAUGUUCACCCUGUCUCCCCUGUAUCAAGUUCUGAUUGAUGAGUUUAGCUAUCGAGGAGCACUUCUGAUAAUCGCUGGCAUCACCCUUCAUGGAUGCAUCUGUGGUGCCUUACUGAGGCCCAUACAUCUGAGGGAAGACCGGGAACACAAAGCCGCACUGGACCAAAGGCAACAAAACAUAGUAGAUAAUUCGCAGUCCUCAUUCAGAAUGGCUGCUAGCAAGGUCCUGCACGUUUUUGACGUGUCCCUUUUGACGGACAUUCCCUUUGCGUUGUUUUCGCUCUCUCAUUUCGGGACGGUGCUCGGUUACUCUAUUGUAUUUGUCCACAUGACAAAACACGCGCAAAGCAUCGGGGUAGGUAAAACUGAGGCGUCCUUCUUGAUCUCGGUGAUGGGGAUUGGUGAGUUCGUAUUCCGGCUGAUCGGAGGCUGGUUCGCAGACUUAGGAGUCAUGAGUAGACUCCAUGUCUAUAUGAUAGGAGUAGCUGGUGUGGGCGUGUGCAAUCUGUGCGUGCCUUUCUGUUCGUCAUACGCUUCCCUCCUCGUGUACAUGGCAUUCUACGGUCUCUUCUCUGGAGUGUUCCACGCCUUGAUUGCUGUGUUGGUGCGAGAGUACACAGGAGUGGCGCGACUGUCCAGUGGGAUAGGAUGGACCUUCACAGGAGCAGGGACGGCCUACCUGCUGGGGUCACCUAUCGCAGGCUGGCUGUAUGAUGCUACAGGGAACUACAACGUCUCCUUCUACUCUGCCGGAGCCAUGAUCCUGGCAUCUCUCGGCGUACUCUUCCUCGAAAAGUGUGCCAAACACGAGGACCCUGACAGAGAGACGACAGAAGAGGAUUCCUCACCACAUGAACUCUGUACAGACAGUAUAGGGGGAACUGUAACACAAGCAAUUCUCACCGAGAGGGAAACAACAGUAUACUCGCCGCCAGACGGCGGGUGGGGUUGGGUAGUGGUGGCCAGCACGUUCUUCGUUCACGUGCUUGUGAUCGGGAACAUGCAGUCUUUCGGAGUGUUCUUCGCAGAGUUCCGGGAAGUUUUCCAGGAGGGUGCCGGGAUCACGUCCUUCAUCAGUUCCAUCCUAGGGGCUGUGUUUGCCGGUGCUCUGAGCAACCUGACCAGCUGCCGUACUGUGAUCAUCGCAGGGGGCGUCAUUUCUGCCGUGGGGCUUGUCGUCAGCUUCUUCGCACAGACGAUGAUACACCUGUUCUUCAGCCUUGGGGCCCUCACAGGAUUUGGCUUCUCGCUGAUGCACUCCCCAAGCCUGGCAAUGAUUGGACGCUACUUUGACAAGCGGCACGCCACAGCCAAUGGAAUCGCAGUUUGUGGAACGGGGAUCGGCAUCUUCGCUUUUCCUCCUCUCUACCAGUUCCUCAUCGACGAAUUCGGGUGGAGAGGGGCUUUGCUGAUUGUGGCCGGCAUACCUUUGAACGGCUGCGUCUGUGGUGCCCUGAUGAGACCAAUAAAACUUAAAGAAGAUCGCAAGGAUGAAAAAGUCGACAUCGAACCCCAGGGAAGUUGGCUCUAUGACGCAACGGGCAACUACGACAUGUCUUUCUACGCGGCUGUAAAAGCACAGAAAUACAAACACACACGCACCAAAAUGUCCAAAGUGCGAUCCGCUGACAGACCUCCAGACGGCGGGUGGGGUUGGGUAGUGGUGGCCAGCACGUUCUUUGUCAACAUGCUGGUGAUCGGGAACAUGAAGUCUUUCGGAGUGUUCUUCGCAGAGUUCCGGGAGGUUUUCCAGGAGAGUGCCGGAAUCACGUCCUUCAUCAGUUCUAUCCUAGGAGCUGUGCUGUUGAUGUGUUCUGUGUUUGCCGGUGCUCUGAGCAACCUGACCAGCUGCCGUACUGUGAUCAUCACAGGGGGCGUCAUUUCUGCCGUGGGGCUUGUCGUCAGCUUCUUCGCACAGACGAUGAUACACCUGUUCUUUAGUGUGGGGGUCCUCACAGGAUUCGGGUUGUCCCUGAUGUUCUCACCAAGUCUGGCUAUGAUUGGACGCUACUUUGACAAGCGGCACGCCACAGCCAAUGGGAUCGGAGUUUGUGGAACGGGGAUUGGCAUCUUCGCUUUUCCCCCACUCUACCAGUUCCUCAUCGACGAAUUUGGGUGGAGAGGGGCUUUACUGAUUGUGGCCGGCAUACCAUUGAACGGCUGCGUCUGUGGUGCCCUGAUGAGACCCAUACAUCUCAAAGAGGAUCGCAAGGAGGAAAAAGCCAGCAUCGAAACUCAAGGUAGUACUGAUCAAGAAUCAAAGAAAGGGCUCCUUCAUUUCUGUGAGAAAGUCAUGGAAGCGUUUGACGUGACCUUACUGAAACACCGCCCUUUUCUUGUUUACUGUGUGUCGUUAUUCGGAACCUCGCUGGGGAACUCCAUGAUAUUUGUGCACCUUGUAGCCCAUGCUCAACACGUUGGAAUGGAGAAGACGCCAGCCGCUUUUCUACUGUCGAUCUUGGGAAUCUCAGAGGCGGUGUCAAGGCCGUUACACGGGUGGCUGUCGGACAGGGUACACAUCAGUAAGGUCUACUAUUACAUGAUUGGCAAUACCGGACUGGCCAUACUCAACAUCGCCGUACCGUUCGGGAGAACCUACGCGGGCCUUGUGGUGUGCAUGGUGCUGUACGGAUUUUUCUCGGGCAGUUUUAACUCACUCAUUGCUGUGAUGGUGAAGAUAUACAGCAGUGUUUCAAGGAUUUCCAGUGGGCUUGGGUGGGCGCUUCUAUUCGAGGGGGCUGCCUACCUACUCGGGCCACCCAUUGCAGGUUGGCUCUAUGACGCAACGGGCAACUACGACAUGUCUUUCUACGCGGCUGGUAUCUUCAUCUUCCUGUCUGUGGUCGUGCUUUUCGUCAUUCCCUGUUCAACAACAAGAGGGUCAUCCUCUCUUAGUUCUGACACCAGUGAGACCAAUCAGAACGGAAUCAAGAUAGUCGCCUUCAGAAAUCUGGGUACAGAAACUGGUAGGAGUGACUCAUCAGGCCAAAGCAACCCUGGUUUUCAGGCAUGAUGGGUAUAUACUAUAUACAAGUAGGUUACAUAUGGGUGUAACCUACUAGUGCAGGCUAGCCCCCGCUGUAGCGUUUGCACGACUGUGUGGCCCAAGGGCUAUAGGCAGAGAUGUACACAACCCUAAACCCCAAAGGUGUGAGUCGGAUCCGUUUAUCCGUCAAAGUGGUAGUAAGUACAAGUGACUGGG